AUGUGCUACCAAAUAGUUGAGCUUUACUCGGCCUGCAGAUGCCUCUACUACCAGCACGCCAUUGACAGAUGCGCUUCUUAUGGCCGCCCAGGUCACAGCAUUCAGAAGCGCACAAUCUUGGUCGGCUACGCAUGCCACGCUCACUCCCAGGGACACGGCGCAUACGCUUCAGAGCACACCUACUCUGAUUCUGGCUAUCACUCGAGCCACUCAAGCAGCAGAAGCUCACGUCACUACCGAUGA